ACGCUUAAUACAGCAAAUUUCAGGUAGUGUUUAGUAAUAUUACAGCAAUAGGAUUAAGUAAAAAGUUAGUCUAAACCACUGAGAAAGUGGUAAUAGUAAUUAUUUACCAAUUGCCAACAAUUUUAGCCUGUUAGAAAUCCAUUGUAGUGAUAAUAGUCAUAUGUUGGAACCCCUGGAUAGAAUCAGGAACGCGGUGAUGGAGGGGAACCUCUUGAUUGCCAGACGGUUAAUCACUAGAUUCCCUGACUUAUGGUUGAAUUCUGAUCCUAAUCAUAAUGGUUGGUCCAAUCUUCAUUAUGCAUCCUAUUAUGGUCAUUAUCUAAUAUGUUUCCAUUUAAUAUCUUACAUUAAUAAUAAUUUGGAAGGUCUCACCCGACAAUAUAAUGUAUUGGACUUAUUAAGCUUUGAUGGCUUAUCGGUGUUACAUACUUGCAUUUUAAACAAACAUUAUCAAACCUUACAUUACUUGUUACAGGAAUUCCCUGGUAGAUUAUGGUUGAAUCACCCUGGUGGUGAAUUCAAACGAACUCCACUUCAAUAUAGUUGUGUAGAAGGAUGGGAAGAAGGAGUUAAAUUAUUACUUGAAUUCGGAGCUGACUGGGAAAUCCAAGACUCCGAAGGAAACACUUGUUUACAUUUAGCAUUCCAGUAUGGUAAUUAUCAAUGCAUUGAAUCAUUAUAUCGUCAUGUAAUCCUGAGCUCAAAAGAUAGGGAAAAGGCCAUAGCCAAAUUAAAGGAGUUUGAAUUGAUUCAAACCAAUAAAGGUUGGAUAGCAACGGAGUAUACUACAAGUUCAGAUUUCGUUACCAAAUUCAAAGCCAUGAAGAAAGAAUUAUUCACAUUCAAUUUUGAUUUCCAAGAGUCUAUAUCCUUGACGGACAUAAGCUCUUCUAAUUCUUCUUCUAUAAAUCUAGGCUCAGCCAACCGUUCUCAAUCAUCAUUAUCAGAAAAUAAAGUUCUAGCUAGUCCCAUAGUACCCAUGUCACAAUCUCUGUUAAAGGACUAUGCUGAAAAUGCUGGAACUUCAGAUAUAAAGGCUCCAGGACGUGCCCAUUCUCAGUCAUUACCUGGUGUAACUAGUUUAACUGAUAUGACAUCUACAUCUACAUCAUCAGGCAAAUCAUACAAGGCUGGUUCUACAAGAACUAGAUCAAAUACAUACAACUAUAGACCUCCUAAUCCCAUCAAUGCAUCUCCACGAGCUCCCAAUACUCCAAUCACACAACAAGCAUCGGCCACCAAACCUCCUUCAUUAAAAUCAAUUACAAUUUCACCAUCUGUGAGGACUACAAACAAUGACGAUGGAGGCCCUCAUUCACCCGUAUCGAUGGUUUCCAGCACAUCUUCUAUAAAUGUUUCACCCGUACAUAUUCAAGGAACAGCCACGACGAAUCACUCUCGUAAGAAGAGCCUAUCAUUCUCCAAGGGAUCAUAUCAAUUAUCAUCAGUAAGUACAUCUAUUGAAGAAAACAAUCAAUGGCCAGUAAUUACUGCUAGCCCUACUAAAAUUAUUCCACAAGUAGUAAAUAUUCCACAAGUUGUAAAUGUCCCACGAACUACAUCAAUCAAAUCCAAAUCAAUAUCGCCGGAGAAAUCUUCACCCAGCAAUAAAAGUGAGAGCAUCAAAACUCGAUCGAGAAGAUCGUCAUCUGCAUCUAUUGCUGCUAAGCUAGCAUUCAACAACAGUAAUAUUAACAGUAAUAAUAGCAAUAGCAAUAACAAUAGCAAUUUCAAUACCCCCACUCAUCAUGCCUAUAACAGUAGUAAUGGCUCAAUAAAUCUGGAUAUUCCACGUCGAGGACCCUCACUACAAUCCCACUACAGCACAUCCAGCGGGAAUAGAACACCUCAACCACCACCAGUACCUUCUCGACAAGAAGAAAGUGUUGGUGGUGGUGGUGGACUACCAUCCGCGUUACGCAAAACUAGAUCGUCAGGUACGUUAACUAGUCAAUCCUCCAGCUUUAUGACCGACAGUUCACGCUCAGCAUCAUCCACCACAGUACUCCAGCAUAUUCAACAACCUAGUCCUUCAUCAGAAAGUUUACGACUGACUAAAAUUAAUAGUAUUAGUUUCAGUCGGGUUAGGUGAUACGGUAGUGCGGCCUAGAAAUAUCUAUGACGCGCUUUUUUGAAAAAUUUAUAGACAAAGUACAUAAUUUAUAUAGGGUAUAAUACUAUACAAGGGCA